AUGGCUAUUGAAUCUCGGCACAUGAACAUUUUCUCUCCUCAGUUACCAACAAGAGAUUGUGUUAAAAUACAACACCACAUGAAUCACGGCGACUUUAAUCUCGCCGCCGGCGAAGUUCCGUUCAUAAACGGAGAAUCUCUCGCCGCCGAUCCUUUAGCUAUUGCCGCUACGAAAGCGAACUUCAACAAAUCAGAAAGUGGUCUCACUUACAAUUUCAAUCCCUCCUCUGUUUUUCCUCCGUCCACGAAACGCCCCCGAGAAUCUCAGUUCUGCGACUUGGACGCUCAAUUCGUGUCUGCAGUCAAACGCAGGCCCGUCGCGUUUGGUCCCUCCUCGUUGUUAAACGCCGAUCUCGUGUCUCAGAUCCAAAACCAGCAACAGUCGGAGAUCGACCGGUUCGUUGCUCAGCAAACGGAGAAGCUUAGAAUGGAGAUUGAAGCUAGGCAACGAACGCAAACGCAGAUGCUGGCGUCAGCGGUUCAAAACGUGAUAGCCAAGAAACUGAAAGAGAAAGACGACGAAAUCGUACGGAUAAGAAACCUUAAUUGGGUUUUGCAAGAGAGAGUGAAGAGUCUCUACGUCGAGAGUCAAAUAUGGCGUGACAUCGCUCAAACCAACGAAGCAAACGCUAACAAUCUCCGAACAAACCUCGACCAAGUUCUUGCUCAAAUCGAAACGUUCCCAACCGCUUCCACCGCUGUAGAAGAAGAUGUGGAAUCGAGCUGCGGAAGUUGCUGCGACGGCGAUGGUGGUGAAGCGAACAAGGCGGUUAGUGGCGGUUGCAAGCGGUGCGGUGAGAGAGAAGCGAGUGUGUUGGUGUUACCUUGUCGUCAUUUGUGUUUGUGUACGGUCUGUGGUUCGGCUUUGUUACGAACUUGUCCGGUUUGCGAUUCGGUCAUGAACGCUAGUGUACAUGUUAACAUGUCUUCUUGA